AUCAGCUUGUCAACAGGUGGCAGAGGGAGAGGCUUGGUAACGUUCAGUCCUAUAGAGAAAAGAGAGAAAGGAAGGCAGUGGAGGAGGAGAAGGUUAAAGAAAACCCUCAAGGCCAUGACCACGAGACUCCUGUGGAGGGCCCUGUGCCUACUGGUCCUGCUCUGCACCAUGUCACCGUUCAGCUCCGCCACUUACCACCCAGACCCAUCAGCCCCAGAGAAGGGAGUCACCUUCAGCCACGUCUAUAAAAUCGACAUCCCGGGGAGCUCUAGUUGUACACUUGAGCGCCUGCCAACCCAGGACGAAACAGGUAUGCAGACAGAGACAACUACGAAUGGAGAGAACGACAUCAUCUUCAGACACAACAUCAGGCUGCAGACGCCAAAGUGUGACUGUGGGGAGUCAGAAAGCUUCAAGUCACUCUUGUACAGAGUCAACGGGCUGGAGGAAGAAGUCAACUACCUAAAGACCCAGUGCACUCAGGGAUGUUGUGGAAGCGGUGGGGCUGCAGGCGUGGACACAAGCUGCAGUGGCCAUGGUUCCUACCAACCAGACACCUGCAGCUGCCUGUGUUACUUGGGAUGGGAAGGCCCAGAUUGUUCAGUGUCGUCCUGCCCUGAUGAGUGCAAUGACAACGGCCGAUGUGUGGAUGGGAAGUGUGUGUGCCACCAGGGCUACACGGGAGAGGACUGCAGCCAGCUGAUGUGUCCAGACAACUGCAACGACAAGGGACAAUGUGUGGAUGGGAAAUGCGUGUGUUUCCCGCACUUUACAGGCGAGGAUUGCAGUGUCCAGAAGUGUCCCAACGACUGCGUUGGUAACGGCCAGUGUGUGGACGGCCAGUGCGUCUGUGAAGAAGGCUUUUAUGGCGAAGACUGUUCAUUAGCCCACGGUCCUCAGGGUCUACGCUUGGUCAAGGUGACCGACGUCUCCCUCCUGGUUGAUUGGGAAUCAGUUCGUGGGGCAGAGUAUUAUAUUCUGAAUUACCAUGCCAAAAACUAUGAGAGUUCCCAGGAGCAUGUUCAGGUUCCCAACACAGAUAACUCCUACCUCAUCACAGGACUGACUCCAGGAGUCACUUACAUUGUCAAGGUGUACGCUGUCAUCAAAGAAAUCCAAAGUGAGGCCGACAACAUCGAAGCUACCACAGAUGUCUCCGCUAUUGAUGGUAUCAGAGUUCUUGGCCAGACAGAAGACUCUAUCCAGGUGGACUGGAAGAACCCAUCAGCUGAAGUGGAUCACUUCAGGCUCACACACACUGAUCCUUCCGGACAGGAGGAGGAGCAUAACGUACAGAGGAACCAAGAGGCCCGCACCAAACACACUAUUGUUGGUCUUUUUCCAGGAACAGAGUACCAGAUCUCAGUGCAGGCCAUCAAAGGAACCACUGAGGGAAAAUCGUCCUCUGUCACUGGUGCCACAGACAUGGAUUCUCCCACCAACCUGAUCACCACUAAAGUAACAGAGGACACUGCAACAGUGUCAUGGGACCGGGUCCAGGUAGAAAUAGAUGGCUACAUGUUGAGCUACACCUCUGCUGAGGGCUCCAGCACCGAGAUCCCCGUAGGAAGUGACAGAACCUCCUACAGGCUGGUUGGCUUGAAGCCUGGAGUUGUCCACACUGUCUAUAUCUGGGCCUACAAGGGCGACAAAGUCAGCAGGAAGAGUUCAACAGUCGCUGAAACAGAACUGGAUGCUCCUGCUAACCUCUUAGCCCGAGAUGAAACAGAAUCCAGCUUCAGCGUGUCAUGGGAUCCGGUCCAGGCGGAAAUAGAUGGCUACAUCCUAACCUACAGCUCCUCUGAGGGCUCUAGUGGGGAGAUCCCCUUGGGGCCUGACAUCACCUCUUACAUGCUGACUAGUUUGAGGCCUGGGGUCUUCUACACUGUCUACAUCUGGGCCAUUAAAGGAAACAAAGCCAGCAAGAAGAUCUCAACAGAAGCUCAGACAGAACUGGGUGCUCCCGCUAACCUCUUAGCCCGAGAUGAAACAGAGUCCAGCUUCAGCGUGUCAUGGGAUCCGGUCCAGGCGGAAAUAGAUGGCUACAUCCUAACCUACAGCUCCUCUGAGGGCUCUAGUGGGGAGAUCCCCUUGGGGCCUGACAUCACCUCUUACAUGCUGACUAGUUUGAGGCCUGGGGUCUUCUACACUGUCUACACCUGGGCCAUUAAAGGAAACAAAGCCAGCAAGAAGAUCUCAACACAAGCUCAGACAGAACUGGGUGCUCCCGCUAACCUCUUAGCCCGAGAUGAAACAGAGUCCAGCUUCAGCGUGUCAUGGGAUCCGGUCCAGGCGGAAAUAGAUGGCUACAUCCUAACCUACAGCUCCUCUGAGGGCUCUAGUGGGGAGAUCCCCUUGGGGCCUGACAUCACCUCUUACAUGCUGACUAGUUUGAGGCCUGGGGUCUUCUACACUGUCUACACCUGGGCCAUUAAAGGAAACAAAGCCAGCAAGAAGAUCUCAACACAAGCUCAGACAGAACUGGGUGCUCCCGCUAACCUCUUAGCCCGAGAUGAAACAGAGUCCAGCUUCAGCGUGUCAUGGGAUCCGGUCCAGGCGGAAAUAGAUGGCUACAUCCUAACCUACAGCUCCUCUGAGGGCUCUAGUGGGGAGAUCCCCUUGGGGCCUGACAUCACCUCUUACAUGCUGACUAGUUUGAGGCCUGGGGUCUUCUACACUGUCUACACCUGGGCCAUUAAAGGAAACAAAGCCAGCAAGAAGAUCUCAACACAAGCUCAGACAGAACUGGAUGCUCCCGCUAACCUCUUAGCCCGAGAUGAAACAGAGUCCAGCUUCAGCGUGUCAUGGGAUCCGGUCCAGGCUGAAAUAGAUGGCUACAUCCUAACCUACAGCUCCUCUGAGGGCUCUAGUGGGGAGAUCCCCUUGGGGCCUGACAUCACCUCUUACAUGCUGACUAGUUUGAGGCCUGGGGUCUUCUACACUGUCUACACCUGGGCCAUUAAAGGAAACAAAGCCAGCAAGAAGAUCUCAACACAAGCUCAGACAGAACUGGAUGCUCCCGCUAACCUCUUAGCCCGAGAUGAAACAGAGUCCAGCUUCAGCGUGUCAUGGGAUCCGGUCCAGGCUGAAAUAGAUGGCUACAUCCUAACCUACAGCUCCUCUGAGGGCUCUAGUGGGGAGAUCCCCUUGGGGCCUGACAUCACCUCUUACAUGCUGACUAGUUUGAGGCCUGGGGUCUUCUACACUGUCUACACCUGGGCCAUUAAAGGAAACAAAGCCAGCAAGAAGAUCUCAACACAAGCUCAGACAGAACUGGAUGCUCCCGCUAACCUCUUAGCCCGAGAUGAAACAGAAUCCAGCUUCAGCGUGUCAUGGGAUCCGGUCCAGGCUGAAAUAGAUGGCUACAUCCUAACCUACAGCUCCUCUGAGGGCUCUAGUGGGGAGAUCCCCUUGGGGCCUGACAUCACCUCUUACAUGCUGACUAGUUUGAGGCCUGGGGUCUUCUACACUGUCUACACCUGGGCCAUUAAAGGAAACAAAGCCAGCAAGAAGAUCUCAACACAAGCUCAGACAGAACUGGAUGCGCCUGCUAACCUCUCAGCCCGAGAUGAAACAGAGUCCAGCUUCAGCGUGUCAUGGGAUCCGGUCCAGGCAGAAAUUGAUGGCUACAUCCUAACCUACAGCUCCUCUGAGGGCUCUAGUGGGGAAAUCCCAGUCGGAUCUGACAGCACCUAUUACAGGCUGACUGGCCUGAGGCCUGGUGUCCUCUACACUGUCUACAUCUGGGCCACCAAGGGAAACAAGGCCAGCAGGAAGAUCUCAACAGAAACUGAGACAGACAUUGAUGCCCCGAAGGAGCUGAAGGCGACAGAUGUGACGCUGGAGUCUGCUUUUUUGACCUGGGUUCCUCCUCUUGCUGACAUUGAGGGGUACAUUCUCACCUACAGAGAUGAGGAUGGCAACAUGGAGACUGUUGAAAAGCAGCUUGGUGCCCGCGAGAGCAGUUUUGCUGUCUCCAGUUUGGAGAUGGGGAAGAGAUACAUCGUCACCAUCAUCGCCUACAGGGGGAACAAGAGGAGCAAGGUGGUAGAGACCAUCUUCAGAACAGUUGGCCUUCUGUACCCUUUCCCCAUGGACUGCAUUCAGAUCAUGAAGAAUGGCAAUAAGAAGAGUGGUAUCUUCACCGUCUAUAUUAACAACGACCGCUCCAAACCAAUUGAUGCCUACUGCGACAUGGAGACUGAUGGAGGCGGCUGGCUGGUGCUCCAACGACGUACCUCUGGCAAGCUGGACUUUAUGAAACGCUGGAGACAGUACAUAGCCGGGUUUGGCAACAUGACAGAUGAGUUUUGGAUUGGUCUGGAUAAGAUAUAUGAGCUCACCAACACUCCUAUUCAGUACGAGCUGAGGUUUGACCUGGGACUGGGCGCAGAAAGAGCUUAUGCUGUAUACGACAACUUUAAGAUUGCACCGGUCAAGCAGAAAUUCAUAAUCACUGUCGGCAAAUACAGUGGAACAGCAGGUGAUGCAAUGACCUACCACCAAGGCCGGCCCUGGACUACUGUGGAUAAUGAUAAUGACAUCGCCCUGGGUAACUGUGCCCUGACCCACCGUGGAGCCUGGUGGUACAAAAACUGUCAUCUGGCCAACAUGAACGGAAAGUGGGGAGACAACAGGCACAGUUUGGGAGUGAACUGGGAACCGUGGAAGGGCCAUCUGGUGUCCCUAGACUUCACCGAGAUGAAGAUCCGACCUCUGGGAGCCUUGUCCAGCAGGAAGAGGCGAUCGUUGAUGGCCAGAGAGAAGAGCAGAACCACAAACCUCCAAAAGAAAUAAUAGAGCACGUCCCACUAGAACCACGACAGUCGUCAGCAAUCCCAUUAAACCGCCAUCCUGCUAGAUUUCAUUUUUUAACUACAUAUGCACAUACAUAUGUCCCCACUGGUCCACAUGCAAUUAUGUGUCUCAACUCUUGGACAAUAUGUACACUUCUUUGGGAAAAAAGAGAAAUGCCGAUAUGCAAUAGUAACUUAUUAUCUGUUUGUAAACAAUUAGAUAAAUCAGAAACUCGUACAUAAAGUGGUUUUGGGAAAGCGGCGAAUAGAAAAAGGCCUUUGUGUUGUUUUAAAGUAAAGGGAACAUUAACAGUUUAGUCUUAUCAGUUAUAAUGCAACAGUUAUUCUUAAAAACUUAUGUUUCACUGAUUCUGGUAGUAACAUUUAUUAUAAAUCAGGAAACAGUAGAUUUAGUUAAAUUCGGAUGGAAGAAAAUCCAAAUUUUCCUCCAAUUACUGCAUUCAUUUCAACUUCAUGUUGAACCUCAGGGCAGCAGCCCAGGUUUUUGUAUCAUAUUUGUUUAUUUUUUGUCGUAUGAAGAAUUUGAGUAGUAACUUUUCUUGUGUAAAGUAGUAAUGUCAUAACAACAUAAAUGAAAAAGUGUUUUGUGAACGAUAAGCAAGUAAAUGCCAUGAGUUUAUUGACUAUGACGUUGGCUGGCUGUGUCACAUUUAGUUGUCGCUGCCGCAAACACUGUCACAUCACAUUAGUGUGUGUGGGACGAGCCAGAGAAUAACAAUGGAUGGCUGUCUUGAAUGACCAUAUUGCUCCUGCUUUACAUUCAUAAGACACCGACAUCGUAUAUCAAUCAAUGUGAUGUGCCUACAUCAAACGUCAAUAAGGAUGAAGUGUGUUUGCCCCAUCCUCAGGGACUUAAUGAACAAACCCUUGUUUUCAAUCUGAAAAGCUGACAAAGGUUAUUAAUUUUGCUUUGACUUUGACUUUAUUACAUUAUUACAUUUUUACACAUUUCUUACAAACUGUUGGUGUAUGAGACAAUGAUGGAGCACAUCAAUCAAAAAUUCUGCUGACCUGCCAGAAUUGAUCUCAAGUCUCUGCUCCGCAUACAUUUUGCAUUCACUAAGAUGUCUUUUAAAACUUCAUGGCCCAUAAGCCUUUAUUCCAACCAAUCCUCAGUUAGGAUUUUCAAGGUCAGAAAUGAAGACCGUCACUACAGAAUUUAAAAACCUGUAUAUGAAUCUAUUUCGUUAUACUAAUUGUAUUGUCAGACUAACAUUCUAACUGCCGAAUCAUAUUUGUGCCACACAUUCACUUAAUAAGUAA